UGGGGCCCGCACAGCAGCGAGGAGCUCAGCAGUCUGGACGCUGACAAUCACACCGAGUCCAUUUACUCAAUUAAAUCAGUUUGGAUUACAGAAUGGAGUCUACAAUUGGAGCGCGAGAAACUUUGUCGCAAGCUAUACAAGCGCGUCAUGGAGCAUGCGGAGUGCCAGAAGCUGCUGGAGGCAGCCAAGAUAUUCGGCGAGAUUACCGACUUUAGCGCCUGGUCUGCCAACGAGCAGUUGCAAUGGUAUCGCAGCUAUGGCGCCAAUUAUACGCACAUGGUGCGCAACAGCUCAACGGAGCCGGCUACGACGACUGUGGACUCUGUGGAGCCGGUGCAGGUGUUGCCGCCGUUUGAGACUUGGCAGGCCAUUGUCAUUGCCAUCUGCCUGGUCAUGUGCAUCAUUCUAACCGUGGGCGGCAACAUUCUUGUGCUAAUGGCCUUCAUUGUGGAUCGAAAUAUUCGCCAACCCAGCAACUACUUUAUUGCCUCACUUGCAGCUACUGAUAUGCUCAUAGGCACCGUUUCCAUGCCCUUCUAUAUGAUCUAUAUACUGACGGGCAAAUGGGAUCUCGGGCCACUGCUCUGCGACUUGUGGCUCUCCGUGGACUACACCGUUUGUCUAGUCUCGCAGUACACGGUGCUGCUGAUAACCAUCGAUCGAUAUUGCUCUGUCAAGAUAGCGGCCAAGUAUCGCAGCUGGCGCACACGCACUAGAGUCAUCUAUAUGGUGUCCAUCACCUGGAUAAUACCCACGCUACUGUUCUUCAUUUCAAUCUUUGGCUGGGAACAUUUCACGGGCAAACGUGAUUUAUUGCCAGGACAAUGUGCCGUGCAGUUUUUGAAGGAUCCAGUGUUUAAUACGGCGCUCAUCAUUGGCUACUAUUGGACCACAUUGAUUGUGCUCUUUGUGCUCUAUGCAGGCAUCUACAAGACGGCCUACGACAUGCAGAAGCGCAGCGAGGCAAAGCAGCGCAAGAUGCAGUCCAUGGUGGCGCUAAGUGCGGGCGCCAUGUCUGGCAUGGCAGGACAUGCCGCUGGCAUAGGCGUUAUCGAGGAGAAGAUAUUGAAAACGAAGGUGCAGCUGUCCAGCGGCAUUACUGACCUGGACAGCGGCACUUGCAAUACAACUGUGAAGCGUUUAAGCGGCUCCGGACAGGCCAAUCCGCUGGCGCAGGCCACCGAAGCGAUUGCUGAGCACAUGACGCCUGAACAGCGACGCGCAUCGGAGGCCAAGAUUGAAGAGUCCAAGCGUGCUGCUGCUGAGGCAGAGAAGAGCGAGCGUAGCAGCAGUCCGGCCUUCGACUCGGAUGAGGAAUCGUCGGUGAAUCAAACGCAGCAGCUGCUCAAUCAACAGAAGCUGGCCAAUCUUCGCAAGCGCUCCUCCAUUGGUCUGGUAUUUGGUGCGCAGGCCGCGCUGCUGGCCACACGGCACAAAGGUAAUUUGCAUCAGAGUUGCAGCAACUCGAAGUCAAUUGAAGCCAUGCACUCCAUGGGCGCCAAGUCGCCACAGCAUGUGUCCAACAAGUCAAGUAUGCAGCGCGCCCAGAGCAAGGAGGAGGUGGGCAUGGUGCUGCAGCAGCAGCAGCAGGCACAUACGCCAAUUGAGCGGCCCAAGCGCACCUCCUGCUCGACGCUCUCCCAAAUAGCCGAGCAUGAACGCCUUAUUGACUUCCACCCGCCACCCGCUAAGCCGCAUCCGCUCUCGCCCGAGGAACUGGCGCCCAUUGAAGUGCCACGCGAACAGGUACAGCAGUGCCUGGUGCAGGCCAUCUUGCCGCCCCCGGAAGCCUUUCAGUGCACCACACCCCUAUCCGACUACUCUGACAAUCCCUUUGGCAACAGCGGCUCCGGCAAUAGCGAACUGGCCAUGACCUACGACCUGAUGACCAACAACUCUGAGCUGCGCUACAUGGACGAAAGCUCGGCCAUGCAGGCGACCAUCACUGAGAGCGCCACCAGCACGCAUGUAACCUCCUCCCAGCGCAGUGUCAUUCCACCACCGCCACCCGCACGCAAACCGAUCCAAAGCUCCCCCAGCGCAUCCGUCAGCGAGGAGCCCAAGCCGGUUGCCAUUGAAAAAUGUCUUCUCGUCUCCUACACAGGCAUCGAAGACUUUGCCAAGGUGCGACGCGAGAGCUGCAUUGAGGCCAUCUGCCUGCUGGAUGUGCCCAAUGAGCACGGCAAGAUACUGGCCGACUGCCCGCAUCGGCGUGCCUCCAGUCCCAUGGAAACCAGCAGCAAGGACGCGGUGCUCUACUCACCCAUGCCACCGGUACCGCUGCCGCAGCCAAAGUCGCUGCCAGCCACAAGCAGCGCAGUCAAUGCACCGCAGCCGCUGGAGCGUAUUGAUGAGCGCGAGGCCUCGGACAGCAACACCAACAAAAUGCACUCCACAUCGGGCACCACCAGCAGCUCGGGCGUUGGCCAAGCGGGCAGCAUACGCAAAGCUGCCAAUGAGGCAGAGCAGGAGGGCGGCAGCGGCAGCGGCAUAUCCCGCCGUGGCUCGAGCAAGCGCCACUUUAUGCACUCGAUUGGCAAGCACUUCAAGAGCAAGAAGACGCUGCCGCUGGUAAUGGGUAUAGGCGGCAGUCGACAAAAGUCCAAGUCCGAGAAUCGUGCGCGCAAAGCGUUUCGCACCAUUUCGUUCAUUUUGGGCUGCUUUGUGGCCUGCUGGACGCCGUAUCAUGUGCUGGCGCUCGUCGAGGGCUUCUGCCGCAAUCCGCCGUGCACCAACGAGCAUCUGUUCAUGUUCUCGUACUUUCUCUGUUAUGCCAACAGUCCAAUGAAUCCCUUCUGCUAUGCGCUGGCCAAUCAGCAGUUCAAGAAGACCUUUAUGCGCAUACUCAAGGGCGAUUUGCAUAUGACCUAAUUUAUUUAUGUUACGUUUCGCAUUGUUGACGCGACCACUGCAUCCGGUUUGGCAUUGCAUUUUGUAGACAACACAUACACACAUACACAAUAGGCACAGCAUAUAUUCCCCAGAGCCCCAGGAAAUGUUGUGCCAAACACAGAAACAUUUUAUUGCUUUUAGAUUUAGAUUGAACAAAAUGCUCCGCUAAACGGCAGAUGAUGCAGUUGGCUCGGGUUGGUCGCUCUCUUUCCUCCUUCAAUUGAAAACACUGAUUGAAUUCAAAAUUUAAAAGGUGUGCGCACUAUGCUGCGAUAUGCUAAGUAGCCAAAGGUAAAGGUGUGUGUUAGUUAGAAUGGAACUACAUAAGGUUUAGGACAGUUUAGUUUAUUUGGCACUAAGUCAAGGCAAAUGUUUUAGACAAUAAAUAAAUUAAUGUCUCU